AUGACGGGACUGCGAAUGAGCCGAGCUGCCGCGACGCGAAUCUGCGCCCGUGUCCAUACGUAUAUCCGUUCGCCAAUACAGCACCGCAAGAAGACAGCAAGUUUUAUUAAGACAGGAGAUAAUUCUAGGAUUUCGAACGAAUUCACUUCAAGAAAUGAAUUAUUACCAGAAUCCGGGAACAGAGUCAUGGUCGUGGUGGAUUCGAGCGCUGAGGCCAAAGGGGCUCUCGACUGGGCGCUGUCUCACACUGUUCAGAGCAACGAUAUACUCAUUCUCUUACAUGUAGCCAAACAAGACGAGGGAGAAAACAAUCAAAGGGCGUAUGAUCUUCUUCGCGCAACAAAGAAUAAGUGCCAACUAAAAAGACCAGAGGUGCAAGUAGAAAUGGCAUUUCGGGAAGGAAAGGAAAAGGGAGCGGCGAUUGUGGAAGAAGCUAAGCGAUUGGGAGUAUCGCUGCUGGUUUUGGGACACAGAAAGCAAUCAUUCCUAAGGCGUUUGCAAACUAUAUGGUCGAGGAAACGGAGCAGAAGCAGGGUUGUGGAUUACUGCAUUCAAAAUGCUAAUUGCAUGACAAUUGCAGUGAGAAGGAAGAACAGGAAAUUCGGAGGAUAUCUAAUCACAACAAAACGCCACAAGAAGUUUUGGCUUCUGGCCUAG